AUGAGAAGAUUUUUGGUUUUUCUCAUUUUUGCCAAUUUUUUGAACGCCGAGGAAGAUUUUGAUGUGAGCUUUGACAAGGAUGGCAUUUUCAAUCCAGGAGAUAAAUUAUCGGGAAAAUUCAAAAGUUUGUAUGAGGGAAAGCAGGUAUGUGUUUUUAUGAGACAAUUUUUUUAAGGGCAGUUAGACAAUUAUUCCGGUUUUCCUCAAAGCUUAGUGUCAAAAAUAGUUUAUUAUGAAACGAACCAGUGAAAAAAUUCCGAAAUCAUGAAAGUUAAUACGAGCUGAGAGAAUCUUGUGUUUUCAAAAUUUCAAAUUGCCCCCACGACCAGCGGAUUUGUGUGUGUGCAAACACUGCGACGCACUUUUGCACAGGAAGAUUUGAAGUUUCAUAUUUUCACAAUAUUUCAUCUCUAUCUUUUGUUUGGUUCAAGUUUAGUCCGGUUAAAGUCAGAGGCUUCGUGGGUGGUCUCCGUCAACCGGAAUAGCUGUCUCACCGCCUUUAAUAAAAAAAAUUAAAUUUCUAAUUUUUUUGCAGAAAAUUCAAAAAAUUUCCCUAGACUUCAUCGGUCGUAUUCACACUGUUAAUAAAACUAAAAUCGUCGGACUCGCCGCAGAAUAUAAAACCAAUUCCAACACCUCAAUCGAUAUUUUCCGUGAAACCAAAGAAAUCUUCAGCGGUACAACUAUCCCGAAAUCAAUCAAUUUCUCAUUCAAACUCCCCAAAAAUCUUCCAUUUUCUGUUGAAUUAUAUGGAAAUUUUAUUGAAUAUUCCGUUGUUCCACGAAUCAUUUUUGAUAAUGGCAAAAUUCACAAGUUAUCCGAAUUCAUUUAUACUGUUAAUGGUGGUAUUGAUUUAUCAAAGGAUAGUGGGAAAUAUGAAAAACCUGUGAAAUGUGAACAUAAAAUUUCACUUGGUAUAAUUACCGCAACACCUUUUAAAAUGAUUGUUUCACUUCCAAAAAAUGGAUAUGUUUCUGGAGAAGUUAUUGAUAUUUCUCUGAAAUUUGAAGGUGAAACAAAAUAUAAAUUAGAUGAGGCUACAUUUGAAGUCUGGUAUCGCCCAUCAAUGAUCACUAAAAAAGGCCUCAACAACACAAUGAAACUAACCGAUGCGCCUUUAAAUCCAACCGAUAAAAACGUGGAUGUCUAUUCGAAUUCCUAUCCAGCAAUCUAUUAUAUUUAUAAUAACAAUGAUGGUCUAGAAUUCUCAAAACUUCCAAAAUCCUUCAAGCUCGAGAAGCGAACACUUACACCAACGAUCCUCCGCGGUUCCGGACAACCUUUGAUGUCUGCUGAAUAUGUUCUCAGUACUGAAGUUAGGAUUUCAAGAGGUUUUGGAGCUGAUCGUCUCAAAUGUGAGAUUCCUGUGACUAUUGGAGUUGUGCCAACCAAGAAUUCAAAAAUGAGUUGGUUUUUUUUAAAAUUUUGCAUAAUUAUGUAUAUAUUGUUUUUUUUUAGACAAAACACCAGCACUGUAUGAAUUUCAACCACAAGGUUAUGAAUUUCAAUCACAGGGUGGAUCGGUUGGACAAAUCAGAUAUCCAUUUUUCGAACCGUUGAAAUAA